AUGUCUGACUUCAAGGUAGAGACAGUGGAGACCACGCCUUUUCAAGAUCAAAAGCCUGGAACCUCUGGUUUGAGAAAAAAAGUUGCUAUAUUCAAGCAACCGCACUAUACAGAAAACUUUAUUCAAGCAAUUUUAGAUGCAAUUCCCGAAGGUGCAAAAGGAGCAACGUUGGUCAUUGGAGGAGAUGGAAGAUACUAUAAUGAUGUAGUUAUCCAGUUGAUUAUUAAAAUUGCUGCUGCUAAUGGCGUUGAAAAACUCAUUUUGGGACAAGAUGGUAUCUUAUCUACACCAGCUACUUCCCACGUUAUUCGGGAGUAUAAAGCCACGGGUGGUAUCAUUUUAACAGCAAGUCAUAAUCCCGGAGGACCAAAAAAUGACUUGGGGAUCAAGUACAAUUUGGGCAAUGGAGGUCCAGCGCCUGAAUCGGUGACAAAUAAAAUCUUUGAUAUUUCCAAGACGUUAAAGAGUUACAAAAUCUUGGAUCUUCCAAAAGUAGACAUUAGCAAAGUUGGAGAAAGCAAGGUUGGUCCAAUUGAAGUGCAAGUAAUUGACUCUACAAAGGAUUAUGUUGAUAUGUUGAAGAAUAUUUUCGACUUUGAUUUAAUCAAAUCAUUCUUGUCCAAAUCCAAAGAUCUGGGCUUUAAAGUGUUGUUUGAUGCAUUAAAUGGUGUUACUGGACCUUAUGGUUACAAAAUUUUUGUUGAAGAGUUGGGCUUGCUGGAGUCGUCUAUACAGAAUUACAAGCCGUUAGAAGAUUUUGGCGGAUUACACCCUGAUCCAAAUUUAACAUAUGCUCAUACUUUAGUUGAAAGAGUUGACAAGGAGCAAAUUGCGUUUGGUGCAGCAUCCGAUGGUGAUGGAGACAGAAACAUGAUUUAUGGAGCUGGCGCAUUCGUGUCACCUGGUGACUCAGUCGCUAUCAUCUCCGAAUAUGCAGAUGCUAUUCCAUAUUUCAAGAAGCAAGGCAUCUACGGCUUAGCUAGGUCUAUGCCUACCUCUGGAGCUAUUGAUUUGGUUGCAAAGGACAAAAACUUAAAUUGCUACGAAGUGCCAACUGGUUGGAAAUUUUUCUGCUCCUUAUUUGAUGCUAAGAAAUUGAGUAUUUGUGGUGAAGAGAGUUUUGGUACUGGAUCGAACCACAUUAGAGAGAAGGAUGGUUUAUGGGCCAUUGUUGCAUGGUUGAAUGUUUUGGCCGAUUACCAUUCAAAGAACCCAGACUCUGAAACAUCGAUCAAAAUUGUUCAAAAUUCAUUUUGGAAUAAAUAUGGAAGAACAUUUUUUACCAGGUAUGAUUAUGAAGAAGUUUCAAGCGAAGGUGCUAACAAUUUGAUUGAAUUGCUACAAGGUAUAGUUAACACUUCAAAACCUGGUGAUGAACUAAAGCCAGGAUACAUUGUUAAGGAGGCAGCCAACUUCUCGUACACUGAUUUGGACGGUUCUGUUUCCCCUAACCAAGGUUUGUUCAUCAAAUUUGAAAGCGGUUUAAGAUUCAUUGUGAGAUUGUCGGGUACUGGUUCAUCGGGUGCCACAGUAAGAUUAUAUUUGGAAAAACAUUCAAACGAUAAAUCACAAUACCAAAACACUCCUGAUGAGUUUUUCAAAAAGGAUGUAGAGUUCAUAUUGACUUUUUUGAAGUUCAAGGAAUUUUUGGGUAAAGAUGAACCUGAUGUACGGACUUAA